ACUGUUAUAAUGGAUACUUCCAUUAUUGUUAGAGGUUUAUGAUUCACCAUUCAAAUCUCCAUUAAUAAUUAUUUGACUGUUAUAAGUAAAUCACAAUCUAUCAUCUGAAUCUCUGCGGUGCUUAGCUUUCUUCUUUGAAAAAUCUGUGGUCUUAAUUACACUUCUACUUUCUAGUUUCUACAGCGAAACCACAGUCGGAUCGAACAGUCUUCUUAGCAACGCCGAUGACGAUGCCUUUCCAUUCAUCUUCUUCGAGAAAGACCAGCAACAGGUAACGCCGUUAUAUUCAUCUUCUUCGAGCAGUGAUUUCGAACAACCAGAUUCAUGCAUAUAUAACGCUUGAUUCUUGCUGGCAUCACUGGCUUUGAUGCCCUAAACAAUGACCGGCCGCGAAAUUUCGACGGCGAUAUUAUAAAUUCCGGCUCGGGCUAUGUCCUCGAACGAUCCGGUAACAUCGGCGGGUUGCGAAAUUUGACCAGAUGGACUUCAGUCAAACCAGAUUGGGCCUAAAAUGCGAUUGUGUUUAAAUAAUCAGGCCGUAGGAGUGUGUGACAUUUUUGGGUUCUAACGUUGGGCCUGAAAUACGUCAGAUAUCGCUGACUUGUCUGGUUUGUGCGAUGACUCAUGUUUUUUCCUCUAUUUCAUUUUCUUUUUCAUGUUAAAAUGUUCAAAUGUUCAUUGUCGAUUCGCCUCAUGUCCGCUCACCAGCAAAAUCUUUGAUCUCUUUCGCUCUUUACUUCUAACUCUACCGCUUACUGAUUCAUUGGUUCAGUAUCUCUCAGCUUUCGGUUUCGGAUGCGUUGCAGAUUGUUUAGAAGGCGCAAAAUUGGUGGAAUUUAUUGAAGCCUACUUCCUGAUCAAGGAGGCUUGGACCUACAUACUGAAUUAGUGGAGAGUGCAUUAAUUUACUAUUUAAUCCCAGUGUGGCAAAGUACAUUUUUAUGCAUAGCUGGGCAAUGCGAUAGAGAAACCAUGGGUGAUGGCAAUAGCAAUAGUAGAGGUAUCACAAACAGUGGGACUGCCUCUGCCAACAAUAGCAAUGAGAAACCGGAGUGGCUUCAACAGUAUAAUCUUAUUGGCAAGAUCGGUGAAGGCACCUACGGUCUUGUGUUCCUGGCAAGAACCAAAUCUCCAACUAAUCGUGGAAGACCCAUUGCCAUUAAGAAGUUUAAGCAAUCAAAGGAUGGUGAUGGUGUUUCCCCCACUGCCAUCCGAGAAAUUAUGUUACUUCGGGAGAUUUCACAUGAAAAUGUUGUGAAGCUUGUGAAUGUGCACAUCAAUCAUGCCGACAUGUCUCUCUAUCUAGCUUUUGAUUAUGCUGAAUAUGAUCUUUACGAGAUUAUUAGGCAUCAUAGAGAUAAAGUUAACCAUUUAAUUAAUCAGUACACUGUUAAAUCAUUGCUCUGGCAGUUGCUUAAUGGACUAAAUUAUCUCCACAGUAAUUGGAUCAUACAUCGAGAUCUAAAGCCAUCUAAUAUCUUGGUUAUGGGCGAAGGGGAUGAACAAGGAAUUGUCAAAAUUGCUGAUUUUGGACUUGCAAGAAUAUAUCAAGCUCCAUUGAAGCCAUUAGCUGAGAACGGAGUUGUGGUAACUAUCUGGUAUCGUGCACCUGAGCUGCUGCUUGGGGCAAAGCAUUAUACUAGUGCUGUUGAUAUGUGGGCUGUGGGAUGCAUUUUUGCUGAACUUUUGACUUUGAAGCCCCUAUUUCAAGGAGCAGAAGCCAAAUCCACACAAAAUCCUUUUCAGCUAGAUCAACUUGAUAAGAUAUUCAAGAUCUUGGGUCAUCCUACAAUAGAGAAGUGGCCAACCCUUGCAAAUCUUCCACAUUGGCAAUCUGACACACAACAUAUCCAAGGGCGCAAGUAUGACAAUGCUGGACUUAAUAGUGUGGUUCCUCUCUCUCCAAAAAGUCCUGCAUAUGACCUUCUAUCAAAGAUGCUGGAAUAUGAUCCACGAAAGCGUAUUACUGCAGCGCAGGCUCUAGAGCAUGAGUACUUUCGUAUUGAGCCUCUUCCAGGGCGCAACGCACUGGUACCCAACCAACCUGGAGAAAAAAUCGUGAAUUAUCCUACUCGUCCU